AUAGAGAAUAUUGUAGAAGCAUUUUGUCAAAUGACAAAAGGGGCGGGAGCACGACGUCUAUAUUCCACAAUAUCUCAGCAUUUCCAUGGAAUAAGCAGGCCCCAAAUAGAACGUUACGUCCAGAGCAGCAGCAGUUUGACAAAGUUGCAUCCAACCUUCCAAAAUAAGGCACCCUUAAAACCUGUGAGAGCAUGUGUACCUUUUGAAAGACACCAAAUUGACUUAGUAGAUUUCAGCAGCAAAUUAGAAACCAAAGAUGGGAUCACCUAUCGCUUUGUGUUGUCUAUACUGGACGUUUUUUCUAGGUUUUUAUGGCUUAGGCCACUAUGUGACAAAACAUCACAGAGUGUUGUUAAAAGUUUAGUGCAGAUGUACUUAGAUCAGCAAUGGGGUGCUCCCAAAAUUAUCCAAACAGAUCAGGGUGGCGAGUUUAAGGGCAUGAUGAAUUCACUCUGUGAAAAACUUGGAGUCAGGCUCAUCCAUUCUCAAGCCUACCACCCACAGUCUCAAGGAAAGGACGAGCGUUCACAUAGAGUGUGGAAGGACUGUUUGCGGUAUGACCUUCAGCACCUGGAUGAUAUCUCCUGGGUAGACAGUCUUCCUGACUAUUGCCGCAUUCACAAUGAAUCGGUCAACUCAGCAAUUGGUUGCAGUCCUUACAGAGCCAUGUUUGGAUUCCAUCCACACCAUAUCACCAGGCUGUUGAAAGCAGGAGGGAAAAGUAUGGAUGGAUACACAUGUGAAGACAAUGCAGAAUAUGAAACUGUUGAAGAACAUUCUCAGGUUAGUGAAGGGACCCUAAACAGAUUGAAAGAACUGCAAGAUAUCAGGAGAGAAGUCCUGAUAAAAUCAGACAAAUCUUCAUCGAAAAUGGUGGAUAAACAUUUGAAGACCAAUCCCCCUUCUCAGUAUGAAGUGGGGAGAUUGUCCUUUGUUCGUCAUCUAGGCAAGGACAAAGGAGUAAACUUCAGGGUGGGCAGAAGAUCACCUCCAAAAGCUGUUGAGGGUGAGAUUUUGCAAGUAGACAACAAGCUCCACAAAUACAAGGUGCGGAUUGGAAAAAAAAAGUUUCAUGGCGAUCUGUUUGCCAGAUUACAGCAUUAA